UCUCUCUCUCUCUCUCUCUAAGUAUGUAAUGUUGUCCCUCAGUUGACCGUGCAACAUCCCUCAUUUCUGCUCUCAUCUCUCAGCUCGUGCAUGAUGAUUAUUCGGACUCUUCAGCUGUUCUUUUUCCUCUCCAUCGUUUGCUGUUAUGCAGAGGUGGUAAGGAGUAAGAGUAAAGUUUGUGCAAAUGUCUUCUGCGGAGCUGGUAGAGAAUGUGCUGUGACAGAGAAAGGAAAAGCCACCUGCAUGUGUGUCGAACAAUGUAAACCGCACAAGCGUCCCGUUUGUGGCACCAAUGGAAAGACGUACCGUAACCACUGUGAACUGCACCGGGACGCCUGUCUGACUGGACUCAAAGUGCAGAUCUCUCAUGAUGGACAUUGUGAAGAGAAAAACCAGGAAAAGAUUGUCAACAGUCCAAUUGUUUGUUAUCUCACGGACCGCAAUGAGUUGAGAAGUCGCGUGAUUGGAUGGCUGCAGUCGGAGGUGGAACCUGAUGGAUGGUUCUCCAAAGGGUCCAACUUGUCGGAUGUCCUCCUCAAAUACUUUAAGAGCUAUGAUAAUGGAGACGCUCAGCUGGACUCCACCGAAUUCCUGAAGUUCAUUCAGCAAAAUGAGACUGCCGUGAAUUUCACCUCUCCUUAUGGUGAAGAGGAGAACAACCGCCUGCUUAGGAGUCUGUGUGUGGACGCUCUUAUUGAGCUCUCUGAUGAAAAUGCCGACUGGAAACUGAGCUUCGACGAGUUCCUCAACUGUCUCCGGCCUGGAUUCAACCCACCUGAGAGAAAGUGUGCAUUAGAAGAUGAGACAUAUGAGGAUGGAGCUGAGACUCAGGUGGACUGUAACCGCUGUGUCUGUGCCUGUGGAAACUGGGUCUGCACUGCUGUAGUCUGCGAUGGUGAGACAGAUUCAAAAGAUUUAAAUAAGCUACAUGAUCUUGAGGAAAUUGAGGAAAAUGAACAGGAAAUGACAGAAGAGGAGUGGACUCGAAGAGUGGUCGAACUCAACAAACUUCAGGAAACUGUGGAGAAGAUGAAAAUGACCACUAAAGAUGUAUAAGAGAAUGCAGGAUGCAGAUUUUAGCUUUAAUAAACUAGUGUUUACUAAAAAGAGGUGGUUUAGAUAAAUAUUUUUCACUUUUUUAUGUUAAUUAUGUUGAUGUUGAAUUUUUUAAAACAUGUAUUCAGUUAUAUAUUUUUUAGUUUUUGUAUUUUUGGAGGGAUAUUAUAAGACUUUUUCUAGACUUAAGACUCACUGCCGGAUAAAUUACUACAAUUUGAUAACAGAGUGUUUUUACAUUCAGCAUAAUGUUGAUAUUUCUAUAAGGCAUUGUGAAGAAUGUAAGCCAGAAAUCAACAGGACAGAGAAUUUUAUAUUAUAAGUGUUUUUUUUUUUUUUUUUAAAUAAAACCUCAUAUUGCAAUGUAUUUUUAAACAAUGUUUCAUAAUUGACAGUAUUUUGAUACACAUUUACUUUUGCAUAUAAAUGAAGAGUAUUUUUAGGAUGUUUAUUUAUUGUUAAAAUAUUUUCAUGAUUUCACCCUACCAAAUUUCUUGUGAAAAUGAUCUUACAAUGGAAAAUAAAUCCUAAUGGCCAUAAAAA